GAGAGCAGAAGUUGAAAGCAACGCGAUGGUGUAGGAGCCCAGGAAAAAAAAAAAAAAUACAAAUAAAGACACCGCCAGUCCCCUUCGUCUUUCUGCCAACGUCCAGCUCUGCUUUUUUGAUGCCGUCCUGACGGAGUUGGGGGUGGGGGGCCACGAACGGGCUUCUUCUUCUUCUUCUUUUUUUUUUUUUUUUUUUUAACGGGUGGGCUGAACCAUGCAGAGGCUGCCGCCGCCGCCGCCGCCGCCGCCGCUGCUGCCGCUGCUGCUGCUGCUGCUGCUGCUGACUUUCCACACUGUCCUGACCGCGAGGUUCUCUCAAGAGCCGGCAGACCAGUCGGUGGUGCGGGGCCAGAGGGUGAUCCUGUCCUGCGUGGUCUUCAACUACUCGGGCAUCGUUCAGUGGACCAAAGAUGGCCUGGCGCUGGGCAUCGGCGAGGACCUGCGAGCCUGGCCUCGGUACCGAGUGCUGCGGGUCCAGGAGCUGGGCCAGUACAACCUGGAGAUCUUGUCAGCCGACCUGUCUGACGACUCCCUGUACGAGUGCCAGGCCCCCGAUGCCGCCCUGAGGUCCAGGAGGGCCAAGCUCACCGUCCUCAUCCCCCCGGACGACCCGGUGAUCGACGGCGGUCCAGAGGUUCUGCUCAACGCGGGGGAGUCCUACAACCUCAGCUGCGUAUCCCGGGGUGCGAAACCGCCCUCCGUGAUCGAGUGGCUCAAAGACGGCCUGCCCGCGGACGGGGCCGUCAGUGGCACUGAGGUUCUCCCGGACCGUAAGAGAGUGACCACACGCAGCUUCCUGCCCAUCCACCCCAUCGACACUGACACGGGGAGGAACUACAGCUGUGUGGCCUCCAACCUGGCGGCCCCCGCGGGCAAGAGCACAACCGUGACUCUAAACGUGCACCAUCCGCCCACGGUGACCUUGUCCAUCGAGCCUCGCUCCGUCCUGGAGGGCGACAGGGUCACCUUCACUUGUCAAGCCCAGGCAAAUCCCCCGAUUAUGGGCUACAGGUGGGCCAAGGGCGGCGUGGUGCUGCAGGGUGCCAGGGAGAGCGUGUUCACCACCAAAGCGGACCACUCCUUCUUCACAGAGCCGGUUUCUUGCCUGGUCUUCAACGCCGUGGGAAAGACCAACGUCAGCAUCCUGGUGGACGUUCACUUCGGUCCCAUUCUGUUGGUGGAGCCGCAGCCCAAAACGGUGGACGUGGACUCCGACGUCAACCUCAACUGCAAAUGGGCCGGGAACCCCCCGCUCACUCUCACCUGGUUCAAGAAGGGUUCCAACAUGGUUCUGAGCAACGGCAACCAGCUGUACUUGAAGUCCGUGAGCCAGGCCGACGCGGGCCAGUACGUGUGCAAGGCCAUCGUGCCUCGGAUCGGCGUCGGAGAGACCGAGGUCACGCUCACCGUCAACGGCCCACCCAUCAUCUCCAGCGACCCCAUCCAGUAUGCGGUGCGAGGGGAACGGGGCGAGGUCAAAUGCUACAUUGCGAGCACGCCUCCUCCAGAUAAGAUUGUGUGGGCGUGGAAGGAGAACGUGUGGGAGGAGGAGAAGGGGACGCUUCUGGAGCGCUACACGGUGGAGCAGAGCAGAACGUCGGCCGAGGGCGGCGGCGUCCUCUCCACCCUCACCAUCAACAACGUGAUGGAGUCCGACUUCCUGACCUCGUACAACUGCACGGCCUCCAACUCCUUCGGGCCCGGCACCAUGAUCAUCACGCUGGAGGAGACGGAGGAGGUCCCGGUGGGGAUCAUUGCCGGGGGCACGGUGGGCUCCACCAUCCUCCUGUUCAUCUUCCUGCUGAUCCUCGUACUCAUCUUCUACUGGCAACGCAAAGGCAGUCGGCGAGGGGUCACGCUGGGAAAGCCGGACAUCAAGGUGGAGACCAUCAACAAGGAGAGCCACAGCUUGGAGGAGGACUCGGGCAGCGUGUCCACGGCCUCGCGCAUGGUGAAGGCCAUGUACUCGUUUCUCCCCUCUGUGUCUUUCUCUCCCUCCAAUCAGCCCUUUAAGGACGACAUCGAGCUCAAGUCGGAGCUGCGCAGCGACACCCUGGACACCCGCCAGGAGUACGACUUGAAGGAUCCCACAAACGGCUACUACAACGUCCGAGCUUCCGCGCUGGACGAAGGUCGCCCCGCCUCCCGCUCCACCGCGCACUACUCAGACUACCGCUCGCCCGGCGGUACUCCGGGGGGCACCGCAUCCAUUAGCGGGAGCAGCGCCGGAGGUUCGGGCGGCGCGGCCGGCGGCGGAGCCCCCGGCCCGCCGGGGCCCCUGACCUCCCCGGGCCGCCCGCAGGCCUGCUACGACCCGCGGCCCCCUUCCAGACUGUCUCACAUCAGCUACGCGCAGUUCAACACCUUCACCCGCGGGGGCCAGAGCCAGCAACCCCCCGGCAACCCCGCUCCUCCCGCGGGCGACUUCCCGGGGGACUGCGGCCUGCUGGACUCCACCUCCCAGCUGGCGUACGACAACUACGGCUACCCGUCGCAUUACCAGACCUACCGGAUGGGGUUCGCCCCAUCCGGCCUGGCCCCGCUGGAGACCGGCCCCUCGUACGAGAUGUACGGGGUGGGAUCGGCCGCGGCCGGUCCCGGGGGCGGCGCGCCGACGGGCUCGGACCCGGGACUCGGCAAGUACGGCGGCUCCGCUCGCUUCUCCUACACGUCGCAACACUCCGAUUAUUCCCACGGCCGACACACGCAGAGGAUGCAGACUCACGUGUGAAACUGGCUCAGCGGCGGGGUCGGCUGGUGUCUUAGAAAUAGAGCGUUGGAGCUAAAAAAAAAAAAAAAAAACAAAAGAAAAGAAAAGAAAAAGAAAACAAAUAAACGCAAACACGCCACAUGUAACAUAAUAGAGGAGCGUGCCCGCGACACGGGAGGAGGAAGACGGCAGCUCGGAGAAGUCCCAACCGCAGACCCGGACUUUGGCGUCCCCGGCCAGAAUGACGGACCGUCCUCCCGUUUGGGUUCGCGCAAAGCAAAGAAACAGGCCAGGCUGCUGAACUUUGCCACGCUGAGCUCUCGUGACUCGGCGGAAGCCCGCGACCGUCGCGUCAUUGACGCUCAUUUUUCUUUGGUCGUGAGUCGGAAGGCAAUCAAUCAUCUUUUUUGCACUGCCAUCAACGCCAUUCACGCUCGGACGUCUCUCAUCUCGUUUGUCCUCUUUUCAUUUGCACACCCGACGAGAGCUUUGUAUUCUAUUUUUUAACAUUACAGAAUUAUUUUUUUGUCAGUGUAAAAACAUGUCAUGACCAAAGGUUUUUUGUUUUCUUGGGGGGGGGGGGGGGGGUGAUGGUGGCGGCAUCGCCGAGGUUAUAGCAGUGUAUUUAAAAAAAAAAAAAAAAUGGAAACCUAGUGCCAAGUGUUGAUCUUAUACUUCAGCGUAGACCUUGUACGGCAUACGCGGCGGAAGCGCCUUCUGUCGCUUUCCGAAGCCGGCGAGGGACCUCCCGUGGGACGGCCGUCCGUUCCCCGUGGAUUUGUACAGCGUCUUUGUAUAGAUGUGCGAGCGGACGCCUGUACACGCGCGCUUCCGACUGUCGUGUGCAUGUCCAUACGUUGCAAUAUGCGUCUGUAUCAUUUCUCUCACAAUUAGUACUUUUAUACCUCUGGUAGGACUGUACCUUGUAUUCUUGUGUCUUUGAAUUUAGACAAACCCCGAUCUUUAUGUUUUUGUACUGUUCCGUAGCAGGGAGGAAACACACACACACAAAAAAAAGCAUU